CUUCAGUCGAGAUGGAUUGUUUAUCUAUUGUUCUGUGGUCUUUAAUUAGUUUCGUGUCGCUAAUUUACAUUUAUUUCAAGAAGAAAUAUUCGCAUUGGAAAAAUCGUGGUGUGAAUUAUGUGGAACCGACAUUUCCGCUUGGAAAUUUAUCAUUCGGAAAAACACAUUUCAAAGACUUCUCCACUAAAAUCUACAAACAAAAAAAUGAAGACCCUUUUGUGGGCGCUUACAUCCUAGCGAAACCAAUAGCUAUUGCGACAAGCCUCGAUUUUAUUCAAAAUGUUCUGGUGAAAGAUUUUAGUAAUUUCCAUGAACGUGGAGGGUACUCGAAUGAAGUGGAUGAUCCCUUAAGCGCCAACAUGCUAACCUUAGAUGGUGAAAGAUGGAAAUUUCUGCGCACGAAACUAUCUCCGACAUUCACCUCGGGCAAAAUGAAGUUAAUGUUCUCGACAGUUGUGGAAGUGGCUAAUCGAUUCAGUGAUACUCUCGCGGAUAUUGUUAAACCGGAGGCAGAAGUGGAACUUCGAGAUCUACUUGCCAGAUUCACAACAGAUGUGAUUGGCUCUUGUGCUUUCGGAGUAGAAUGCAACAGUUUGAAAGAUCCGAACGCAGUAUUCCGCUACUAUGGUAGUAAGGUAUUCGAAGACAGUGCAAUCGGACCACUAACACAUUUGUUAGCUGUUCAAUAUCCUAAAUUAGCAAGAAAGUUGCAUAUCAGGCUGUCGCGGAAAGACGUGAGUGACUUUUUCCUAAAAACUGUUCGUGAAACAAUUGAUUAUCGGGAAAAAAAUAAUGUUAAACGGAAUGAUUUCAUGAAUUACCUUAUCCAACUGAAAAAUGGCGAGAGCAUUGAUGGUAAAGACUCAACAGAGAGGAAAAAAUUAACAAUAGAAGAAGUUACAGCGCAAGCGUUUCUGUUUUUCGGUGCCGGUUUCGAGACUUCAUCUACCACAAUGACCUAUUGCUUAUAUGAGUUGGCAUUGAAUCCUGAUAUCCAAGAAAGAGCUCGACAGGAGAUCAACGAUGUUUUAGAGAAACAUGAAGAUAAAUUUACGUAUGAAGCCCUUCAAGAAAUGACAUAUGUUGAACAAAUAAUAAGUGAGGCUCUUCGCAAGUAUCCACCAAUAGUACUUCUACAGAGGAAAGCAGCUCAAGAUUAUCAGAUACCCAACACUAAGAUAAUUCUUGAGAAAGGGCAGGAAGUAAUAAUUCCAGUGUAUUGUGUUCAUCAUGACCCUGAAAUAUAUCCGAAUCCAGAAAUGUUUGACCCAAGCCGUUUUGCACCAGAACAGGUUAGAAGCCGACACCCAAUGUCAUUUUUGGGAUUUGGCGAUGGUCCUAGGAAUUGUGUAGGAAUGCGCUUUGGACGGAUGCAAACAAGAAUAGGCCUAAUUACUUUAUUAAGAAAUUAUCAGUUCAAACCAUCCUCCAGGACUGCAAUUCCGUUAAUUAUUGAUCCUAGCGUGGGAAUACUUACUCCGAAAGGUGGGAUGAACCUUAGAGUUGAAAAAAUUUUUGACACACCUAUGAAGGAUGCAAAGGGUAACUGUGUUAUGAAUAGUAAGGACAAAUUAGAGGCUUUAGUUCAGCAUCUUGCCGAAAUUUUCACUCCAAACAUAAAAGAACUCAUAAAAUUAGAACUACCACCUAUAGAUAGUAUACCGAACAACGUUUGGCACCUCAAAGUCUCCUUUGCCUCUCUGAACAGGAAGCUUCAAGAAAUGACCACCAACAAAGUCCUCAGACAUGACUUGAUAACUGGCAGAUCCACAAAAACUAGCCUUGGCCAGGGGAAGUAUUACUAUGUAGAGUUUGUGAUAGUCAGUUCUAAUCCAGCUUCAGCCAAGAUGGAUUGGUUAUCUAUUGCUUUGUGGUCUUUUAUUAGUAUUGUGUCGAUAAUUUUCCUCUAUUUUAAGCAGAAAUACUCUUAUUGGAAAGAUCGCGGGGUGAAUUAUGUUGAACCGACAUUUCCCCUGGGGAAUAUAUCACUUCGAAAAGAACAUUUUAGAGAUUUCCUUAUCAACAUCUACAAGCAUAAAAAUGAAGAUCCUUUUGUGGGUGCUUACGUGUUAGCGAAACCAGUUGUGCUUCCAACAAGCCUCGAUUUUAUCCAAAGUAUUCUCGUGAAAGACUUCAGCAUUUUCCAUGAACGCGGGACCUACUGGAAUGAAGAAGAUGAUCCCUUGUCCGCUCAUAUGUUUUCCGUCGAAGGAGAGAAAUGGAAAUCACUACGAACGAAACUGUCACCAACUUUCACUUCUGGCAAAAUGAAGUUCAUGUUCCCGGCAGUUAUAGAAGUUGCGCAUCGAUUCAAUGCUACCCUUGCCGAUAUUGUUAAACCGGGGACGGAAUUGGAGAUCCGAGAUUUUCUUGCGAGAUUCACCACAGAUGUGAUUGGUUCUUGUGCAUUUGGAAUAGAAUGUAAUAGUUUGAAAGAUCCGAACUCAGCGUUUCGCUACUACGGAAAGAAGAUAUUCGAAGAUCCCCCACUCGGACCAGCAUUACUAUUAUUAGCUAUUCAGUAUCCGGACUUAGCGAGGAAGUUGCAUGUUAGGCAGAUGCGAAAGGAAGUGAGUGACUUCUUUCUAAAUACAGUUCGUGAGACAAUUGAUUAUCGGGAAAAAAAUAAUGUUAAACGGAAUGAUUUCAUGAAUUUCCUCAUCCAAUUGAAAAAUGGCGAGAGUAUAGAUGAUGAGAGCGCAAGCCAGACUAGCAAAUUAACUUUGGAAGAAGUUGCAGCACAAGCCUUCCUAUUUUUUGCUGCUGGAUUUGAGACUUCUUCUACUACAAUGACAUAUUCCUUAUAUGAGUUGGCAUUGAAUCCUGACAUUCAAGAUAAAGCCCGACAGGAAAUUAAAGAUGUUUUGACUAAACAUGAAGGCCAAUUGACCUAUGAGGCCGUCCAAGAAAUGACAUACAUUGACCAAAUAAUAAGUGAGGCUCUUCGCAAGUAUCCGCCAGUGGUAUUUCUCACGAGAAGAGCAACUCGAGAUUAUCGGAUUCCCAACACAAAAAUAAUUAUUGAGAAAGGGCAGGACAUAAUAAUUCCGGCUUAUUGUAUCCAUCACGAUCCUGAAAUAUAUUCAAAUCCCGAAGUUUUCGAUCCAAACCGCUUCACACCAGAAGAAAUAAAAAGUCGGCACCCAGUGUCAUUCUUAGGUUUUGGUGAUGGUCCUAGGAAUUGCGUCGGAUUGCGUUUUGGAAGGAUGCAGGCCCGAAUAGGGUUAGUUACUUUGCUAAGCAACUACCGUUUCAAACCAUCGCCUAAAACUGCAGUCCCAUUGACUUUUGAUGUAGAUAUAGGUAUCCUUACUCCGAAAGGUGGAAUGUACCUUGGAGUCGAGAAAAUCUAAAAAUUGCUAUAUCGCAUAUUAAAUAUUCAGGGCAAG